GAAUGCCUAAAAUGGCAGAUCAAAUAUCACGUAGCAGCUCUGGUCGCCGUGACAGAAGUACGUCGUCACAUGGCUCAAGUGGACAGUCGGUAAGCUCUGAUGGCUGGAGUAUGGUCGGAGGUACAUCAUCGGCUUCGCGGCAAGCCGGAGAUCUAUCUAAAUUUGGUUCAGUAUCUCGUAGUAAGGUACCUUCUGGUCAUGUCAGUUUAGCGCCAGGAGGUUCUGCUUUCGCUAGUUUAGCUGGAGGUUCAAAAGGUUGGAAAACUGAAAGCAAGGAACGUAAAGAUAAAACUGAAAGCAUGAGCCGUACCAAUUCAACGUCUAAUACGUAUGGCAUCUUGGCUCAUUCUGAAAGUACAGAGACACGCAAAGUUGAUAGUUCAUCUUCUAGCGAAUCGACGAAAUCUUUCGCAUCCCCUCCCCCUCCUGAACGAAAAAAAAUUAUUCUAGCACCAAGAUCCACGUCAUUACCAUUAUCAUCAGAAAAUCCUCCUGCACCUAAAUCAAUUAUGACCAAGUCUUCCGCAACUUCAAUAUCAAUGUCUAAAGAUGUUGCAGAGAGAAAGAUCAUUAGUACAGUUGAAGAAUACUUUAAUAUAGGAGAUAUAAAC